AUGGACAAAUUAACAGCAUUUCCAAAACAGUAUUUUGAUCGUUUCCGAUUCAAUCAACAGGCACCUUAUUUCGACCGUGUGAAAACAGCAACAAAUAAUGAUCUGGUAUCGUUAUUUGAUGAUUUAGUACAAGCUCUGCAAUUGAAUACGACCAGCAUUCAUCAAAUUUGCCAGGAAUUCUCUGAUAUACCAGAUGAAAAAUUAACAGAUGUAUUACUGUUAGAUCAUGAACUUUACGUCUUACUAUUACCCAAUACUUUAUGUAAGUUAUUAGAAAAAUGGUGUUCAAAAACACCUUUGACAGAUGAUGAGAGUGACUUAUUUGGUGAAACAAGUCAAUUAUUAUUAAGACUAGUUCAAGGUUCGAAUGACGAACCAGAUAAAAUCGAUAAAAUUGGCACAUGGCUAUUAAAUGAGACAUUUAUUGGAGCGAUAUGUUCUUGCGUUCAACAAAUAGCCAAAACAGGUACACAUUUAUCCGAUCAUAAUCUGGAACAUCUGAAUACAUUAUUGGAAGCACUAACGAGUUUUCAAGCUAGGCGAAAAUUAAUUACGGAUAAUUCAGCAAUGUUACUAUUACUUGAAUCCGUUGUUGCAUGUUUAGAAUCGUCGUAUUAUACUGAUACAUUUCUUGUACUUCGGCCAGAAACCACAAUGCUAACGACAUCUGAAGUAUUUUUGUUGAUAACAUGUACGAACUAUUUGAAGAGCUAUGAUGGUCAUCGAAAAACGGAACUAUCAGAGAAGCUUCUGCAAAUAAUGAUUGAAAGUUACAUUAAAAUCUAUGAUAAUUUUAUACCGUCAAUUGAACAAUGGAAACAUUCUCUUACUCGUUCUAUUUACUGUAUGACACAUUUAAUAUCAUAUCAUGAUAAAAAUUUAAAUGGAUAUGAAGAAAAACUAGUGGAUAAUCUCACUCAAAUAUUAAAUUCAACAAAUUUAUUUCGAAACAUCUCAUCGAUAGGUAUUAAUAGUGAAAUUUUGUUAAUAGAAGCCGCUUUACGUAUACUCAGUGAAUUGACGUUGAAUCUGGCUACACUGGCCAUGGUUAGAGAAAAACAAUUGAAUGACACCAUCACAAAAUUCACCAAAGUGGAAAAUGAUGAUAUUACACUUAAAGCCUGCCAGCUAUUAGGCUCGAUUAUGUCAGAUGACGAGUUUAAACAAACAGUUGAUCUGGUUAAAGUGACAGAAGUGGUUAUUAAUAACUUGAAGGAUGUACUCAAUUCACCAUCAGCUGAAAAUCGAGAAAAAGUUUUAUCAAACUUGAAAAAUCUAGUGGAAAAUGAUGAUAUUAAAAAUGAGAUCAUUAGUCAAAAUGCAUUAGGUUCAAUAAUUAAAAGUUCAACGGACAAAGCGGAUGACGCAACACCAUUACAAAUCCUCUAUUCAAUCGCAUUUAAUGCGAACGCCGUCGAUCAAUUUAAAAAUGAUAAAAAUUUUCUCGAACAUGUUCGAGAACAAGAAAAAUCUGAUAAAGUAGACGUGCAGGUUGCUGCUAAAGGUAUAAUGUGGAAACUUGUUGAUGAAGCAAAGUUUAUUACUGAACAAGAAGAAAAGGAAACUGCCCAUCUUGUUCAAUCACAAGGAUCAAAUACGUCUGAAGUGAAUAAGUCGUCACCAAAAUCAGAUGACAAGCGCGGCAGCAUUGAUGAACAUGAAAAAUAUGACAUGAUGAUUAGUUAUUCAUGGAAUGAAAAAGAAUUGAUUUAUAAAAUAUAUGAUCGAUUAGUCAAAGAUGGAUAUAGAAUAUGGCUUGAUAGAGAUAAUAUGUAUGGUUCAAUCAUUCUACGGAUGGCAGAGGCCAUUGAAAAUUCUGAUUUUAUUUUGAUAAGUAUGUCGAGUGCCUAUAAAAAAUCGCCAAAUUGUCAGGCAGAAGCAGAAUAUGCUUAUAAUCGAAAGCGAUGUAUUAUUCCACUGAUUAGCGAAGAAAACUACCGUGCAAAUGGAUGGUUAGGAUUUAUCGCUGGGUCAAAAAUGUAUGUUGAUUUUCAACAAGGUGACUUUGAUGGCGCAUAUGACCUUCUAAUCAAAGAAAUUAAACGAAAUCAAGGAAAAAGUGUUCCGCCAAAAGAGCGAAGCAAACCACCAGUCGAAGAAACAAAAGAGAAAAAAGAGAAUCUCACAAUCCCUCAUCCUGACAUUCAGGCAAUACCACAACUAUCCGCAAAUCACGACGCAUUCGCGGAAGUGAUUUAUGAAGAGCAAGUUGCUGUCUUGGGAAAAUCCCCUUUUCCUUCAGCAGUUGGUGAGAGAGCGCCAGCAAGAGUAGCGGAAGAUCAAGAACAUGCUGGAGCGUUAAAAAGAAAUAUGGAAGAGAUGAUGAUACACAGACAGAGUUUAUGGAUUGACGUUGAUUUACCUCAAAGUCGGAAUUAUGUUGAUAUCGAAGAAGUGAGGAACUGGUCCGAGGAGAACGUUUUGGAAUUUUUAAAUGAUUUCAAACUGGGUGAAAUGGCAUCACUGUGCCAUUCAAUGGAUGGUUGUGGUUUGAUUGAAUUGUACAGUGCAUGUGUCUCGUCGUCAGAAUCGAUGUAUAAAAUGUUAAACACGCAAUUUGUUGAAAUCAAUCGGAGGACAUUACCAAUAGCUGCUUAUUUUAAAUUUAUUGGUAAACUUAAACAAUAUCUUCGAAAAAAACCAAACGAAAAAACUUGUAUUAUGGUAGGAAAGCUUUUAAAAAUAAUUCCAAAGUACAAUCAUAGUGUUCCAUUUGUUGAUAAACUUGAGCUGAAACAAUAUCGAGAUAUUAAUCUUCAGGUAAUAUAGAGAGCAGAGCUCUACAAAAAUUCUAAUUUUUUAAAACAAAUUAAAAUGUCUUUAAGCUUAGAAGCAAAAGUGCAUUUCAACUAGGCAUGCAACGGAGAUCGAUAAUCGAUUUAUAUUGUAAAAACUGUCUAUAAAUUCAACGAAGCGAUAUCUUUUAUCAUCAAUCUGCAUAGAGAAUAUAAUUUUUCUUGAUCAUCUCGAAACAGCCGCUAAUUACACUUGGUGAAAUAAUAUUUCUAGUAGGGACUUAUUAAAUUCCACUAAUAGGUAGUAUCAUUUAGGUUACCUAAUGAUCGAAAGAGAAGAGAAAACUCUCAAUGUCUACUAUUAAAAGAGGCUAGGCGGUUUAAUGAGAUUGGUUAUAAAUGAUAAUCAGCACAUGGAUGCAGUCGAUCUUGACUAAUUAGCCGAUCAUUACCUUUUAUGAGUAGGGAUGUUUUUGGAACCGAAAUGGCGGUUUCCGUUCUGUACUUAGAACCAAAACGAAAAGAACCACGGUUCCGGUUCCUGACUUAGGAGAGAACCGCGGUUCGCGAUUCUCAGCUUUGAACCGGAGAAGAAUUUUUUAGGCAGUAACAAUUCAACAAAAUAAAAGUCAUUUUAUUGUAAACCAAAGAUUCUUUUAAAUAAAGAUAAAUAUAUCUUUUGCAGCUUAACGAUAGUCUGUUUUCAUUUUGUUAAAAGAAAGGCAAGACAAAAGGAUAAGGCAGAAGAGAAAAGAACGAGUUUCAUAAUAAGAUACCUACAAACAGUCAGAAAAGACAGUUUCAAAAGCACUCGGAAGUAGCCUAGAUUAGGAAACAACUCAACACACUUUUGGCUGAGGAAUUGUUGAAAGGUAAGUCAUCUAUGAUAUAGAACGAGGAAAUAUUUAGAACGUUCGACUGGUGUUUAAGUUGUCAGUCAAAUUCGAUUUUCGAAUUAUAUUUCGAUUCCAAAGAUUCGAAUUAUGUUUUAGAAUAUCAACUUCAACUUUCGCUUUUGAAAUAAGAUGAAUAGUAUACAUGAGCUAAUCGUAACUUUUUUGUAUUUUUUUUGGAUACAUUUUAUAGCCCACACUUCAUUGAGGCCCCACAAAAAAUUUCCCAACUACAGACGCGAACUGGCUGAAAUAUUUCAGUAACAAGGUCGAUUUCUAGCGCUCGACGGGAUUUCAACGGAAUCUAUGCAAAAUACUCGCCCAAAAUAAAUUUAUGACAUACCAUUCGACUCGUCUGGAGACAAGCAAUCUAGUGAGUCUACUAGCAGUUGAUAUAAGGGAAAAAACGCAAAAAACCUAUAAAAAACGCGUUUUAUCUCGAAAAACGCCACUAAAGUUCACUC